AGGUGGUUAGACGUUUUGCCAGUUGAUCUGCGACUGUGUGUGCUAGGCUCUGGUUUCUGUCAUGGAGCUGUAACAGUAUGACAGAGGCUGGGUGUUCAUAGGCUGCCUCGGGGAAUAAAACACAAAGUGUGAAGGGGCAGAAAAAAGGCCGAUAAGUCAGCGAGCUAAAGUGUCUUGUGUUGGACAGGUGAAAACCAAGGAUGGGGACAAUCCCGACCGACAUCAGAAGACUAUUGGAUGACUGCGAGCUGUUUGUGUUGGACAUCCUUCAAGAUGAGAACCUGAGUGAAAGUGCUGAAGAGACACGACAAGUCUUACUGAAUAACUUCAGGGUCGUCCACGCAAGAAACCCUCAGGAAUUCCCCUUAAGACCCGAGUUCAGGGAUGAAGACGGUUCCGAUGACAACCACAGUUCCAGCCUUGGUCGCUCUGCUCCAUCAGACGACGCCUCCGACUACCAGGACGAUGGAGUCCCGGAGUACUUUGGUGACAUCCCUCCUGUGGCAGCUCAGGACCUCAGCAACAUCUUGAAGCAAGGCUACCUGGAAAAGAAACGAAAAGACCACAGCUUCUUCGGCUCAGAGUGGCAGAAGCGAUGGUGCGUCCUGAACAAUUCAAUAUUCUACUACUUUGGGAGUGACAAAGAUAAACAGCAGAAGGGUUCAUUUUAUAUCAAUGAGUACGACGUACAGCUGGUGACCAACCUGAGGAAAGACUCCAAGAAAAAUGCCUGCUUCGAGUUCACUGCGCCUGGACGACGGGCCUUCCAGUUCACUGCCAGCAGCCCUCAAGAGGCCAGGGAAUGGGUGAACCAAAUCAAAUUUGUACUCACAGAUCUCAGCUCCAGCUUCAUCCCUUUCGAUGACGAGGAGGAGGAGGAAGAGGAGGAGACCUACGAUGACAUUGAGGGGGUGGCCGGCUCUCCCGCUCCUCGGCCGGCCCAGGCCUCCCAGAGCCGGGGAGGAGGGCAGGAGGCGGGGGAGGUUGGGGAAGAGGAGGAGGAGGACGACGAGGAUAUCUACGAGGAGCUACCAGAAGAGGAUUUUCUCGGCCCAUCGGAAGAAAGUGGUGACACUGAAAAGAAACCAGCUUCGUCAACAGAUUAUGCUAACUACUACCAGGGUUUAUGGGACUGCCAGGCCGACGAGCCGGACGAGCUGGACUUCCAGAGAGGAGAUCUCAUCUACAUCAUCAGCAAGGAGUACAACAUUCACGGCUGGUGGGUCGGCGAGCUGAACGGCACCGUCGGUAUCGUCCCCAAGGACUUCCUGCACCCUGCCUACAUCCUCUGAGCUGCGACAGCCACCGCCACUGCCACGUCCAGCCGCAAAUUUCACACACGGAUCCGUCAGAUAAUCUUUUGUAAUUUGAGCAUGAUUACCUCUUAAAAGGCGGUAAAUUUCUGUCCUGUAAAUGUUGUUCCUGUACACUAUAAAGGCCUGCAUUAUGUUGAUGUGCAAACUAGAGCUGAAAUAAUGAGCUAAUUAAUCAAAAUUAAUCACAAGGAAUUUUGAUAAGUCAUAAAUUAUACCUAUAUUUACA